GGUUAGGUGUCACAUGGUACAACGUCAAAACAACAUUGCGAUACUAGCGCCGAAAUCGCGGCAAAACCGAGAAAGUGUUGUUUUUGUCCAAACAAACAAGUCACAGUUUUGUUGUUAUUCAUUUUGGGAGCACACUCCAGUGAUUCCAGAGCUCCAGUUCCUUCCCGAUGGCUUCUCCCAGUGAUAGUGGUGAUCUUUUAAACCACGAUGAAUCAGUGGAUAUGGAUUCAACAGCUGCCCAGGAGAGACAAAACUUUGAGAGUGUUAUUGCAGCAUUUCUGAACUACAAGGUCAGUAGCCUUCAGAAGAUCAAUGCCACCGAAGCAUAUUUUAGCAGAUUACCCUCACACCAUCAGGAAAUGCUGAAGAAAUAUACUGGAACCUUCAAGAAGAUCAGAGAUUGUAUUGAUCAGAAUUUUAAUAUUAUAAGACUGCUCCUGAUGCACGUGAACAGUAUCUUCGAUGAGGAACAACAGCAGCCAGAUAAAGCUGUAAUUUCUCACAAUUAUCCGGAAGCAAGACUCCAGUUUAAUGAAAUUGAAGGAUCUCAUCAUGUAGAAGCAUUUAAAUCAUUAAAGGUGGAAAUAACACUCAAACUCUUUGCCCGAGACUGGAGUUUGGAAGGUGCAGAAGAAAGAGAACAGUGCUACAGCCCAAUAAUCGAUGCAAUUACAGAGGCCUUCAAUCCAGAAGAAUGUGACGUAAGUAGAGUAAGAGUGUUGGUACCUGGCGCAGGAUUGGGUAGAUUGGCCUAUGAGUUGGCCUAUCGAGGCUAUUUCUGCGAAGGCAAUGAAUUUUCCUACUUUAUGUUGAUCGCAUCGAAUUUCAUCCUUAACAAGUGCCUCUAUGCUGAUCAGCACACUCUCUACCCCUGGAUCCAUCAAUAUGUGAACAAUGUGAAACGUGAAGACCAGAUAAGACCCAUCACCUUUCCCGACGUCAGUCCCAUUCAGGCACCGCCAAGUGGGAAGUUUAAUAUGGUAGCUGGGGAUUUUCUGCAAGUGUACAAUGACUGGGAUGCGUGGGAUUGUGUCGCCACGUGCUUUUUCAUUGACUGUGCCAACAACGUGGUGGAAUUCGUCGAGAGGAUUUAUAGAAUCCUGCGACCUGAAGGAAUCUGGGUGAAUUUGGGACCCCUUCUUUAUCACUACAGUGAUAUUCUCAAUGAGGGAAGCAUUGAACCGACCUACGAGGAUCUUCAGUCAGUGAUUGAGACUGUGGGAUUUAAAUUUCUGCGAAAUGAGACGGGAGUGCGGACAAAGUACAGCCAAAACCCAAGAUCAAUGCAACAAAGUGAAUACCUCAGUGUCUUCUUUGUGUGUCAGAAGCCAAAAGAAGCAACAACCUCGGAUGACGGCGAAUUGGACGGAAUUGAAUAGUGAAGGGGGAGAAAUUUCCACAGAAGUCAAUUUUUAAAAUUAAUUUAGUUAUUAAGAAGAGUGUGAUUUUUUUUCGCGUCCAUUUUCUCAAAAAAUAUCUUUCACAAAAAUUUAAUUUAACUUACGUUGUAAUUAGAGUUGAUGUAAUGAACAAAAAGUUGUGGCAGGGUGUCCAAUGAUGGGGGCGAUGAUUGCAAUUUAAUGUAGUUGAGGAACAAUUGACGUACGCGUCGCAAGUCAGCCACACCAAUUUCCGGGGGAAUAUUCACAGAUAAGUGGUCAGGACCUUUUUGGUAUCGCGGAAGUGAGAUUGAUCCUGAAUUAUACUUUCUCGCUGCGAUAAUGUCCAUGACAAUUCCCCGACUUAUCUGGUCCAAUUCAUAGAGAUAGUUUGCCGGACAGACUGGAGCCUAAAAUAAGCACCAAAAGAGAAUAUUUUUAAUAAUGAAGGGUUCCUGGACAAGUUUCUAGAAUCAAAGAAAUUUAACAAUAAAAUCAAAGUGAAUUACA